CAAGAAAUAACAAAAAUGUCUGCCUGGAAAGCUGCCGGUAUUACCUAUCUUCAAUACGCCAACAUUUGUGCUCGUGCUGUCCGUAAUGCCUUAAAGGAUGAGCCUCGUGCUAUCGCUCUCCGUCGUAACCAAAACAACCUCAAAUUCGCCAAGUGGGAAAAUGGUGUUGCUAAAGAACAAGUAAGUGCUAUAUAUAAAAACAAGGGGAGAAUUGUUUUCUAAUGAAUCUAAUGUAGCAAUUCAUUGUCCCUCCCAAGGCCAACUAAAUCCAUGGUUAAUUAACAAUAAAUGCUUUUUGUUACAAGUGCUGUAUUUUGUGUAAAGAAGCAAGCUUGUAUUGAUACAACUAUUUCUAUUAAAAAGAGAGAUAAUGAGAGCGAGAAUGGGAGAUGAUGGUUUACAAUGUGUUUGUUGUUGUGACAUUGAUUGAUCUUGAGCUGAUCCUCUUUAUUUCACACAAAAUGAAGUU